UGAAUUUUUUCUAUGUAUAAAAUCUUUGUUAUUUUUGUGUACUCCGGUAUUUUGUUAGGAUUUUUUUUACAAAGUCACAUGAAUUCAACUUUAAAAAAAAGUUGUAAAAAGUAAAUGUCUUGCUGGGACAAUUUCAAUAAAAAAACUUUAUAGUAUAUAUUUUAAAAAUUGUGCAUACGAAAAAAGCAAAAUUUUUAUUGAGUUUGUGCUGUAGUUGUAGCUACAUAUAAAAUUGAAUGGAAUUAAAAGAAGAAUGGGAAAGAAAGAGAAUUGAAAACAUCACAUAUUUAUGUUUGCAUUUUCACACAUUGUUAUUAUUAAAUUUUAAAAAAGGAAGCUAUGCUAAAUAUAUUAUCAACACAUUUAAAUAAAUUUUUUAUAUUGAUUAAAAAGCAGUGAAAACUAUAAAAGGAAAUUGUCAAUGUUGCUAUAUAGAAGCUAAAUACUAAAUUAUAAUUAGAAAAAAUUUUUUCGAUGGCGUCGUCGAUGUUAUCCGCAGCAACAGCGACGCAAUUAACAGUAGCAGAAGUUUCACCGGCGGCAGAGGAAGAAUCCGAAUGUGUAGUAACAUCUUCAACCGAUAAUUGUAAGGAUGCAGAUGCCAUUAAUUCGUCCUUACGAUAUUGCGCUAACGAUCCAGAGUUCGCUGUCAUAUGCGCAUUCCUACAGAAAUUCGCUAAAGACCUUGGAGUCGAUUUGCCAAAUUUUAAGCAUUUACAAGAAUGGCUAACAAAUUCAGAUGAGGUUGCGCCUCAGUUACGUGAUUUACACAUCAAGCUUUUACGAAAAACUAGAAAGACUGUUCAUGAAAAGAGUUGGGAGGGGGCAUUAAGUAAAUUUUGUUUUUCCUAUUCGGCACAAGACGCUUGGGAAGUAGAGCGGUUCGGUUAUAAAAAAUCCAGUCUCAAAGUCAAAUUACGAAUAUUUCGUGAACUACUGGAAAGUCAAUUCGAGAGAAAUGCUAAAUUCCGUUCUAAAAUUCUUGCAUUAAGUGCAAACUCGUUACGUUCAGAACCCAUAGGACGUGAUCGUUUAGGGCAUUCCUAUUGGUUAACCCAAGAUAAUGAUUGCAACUUGCGAAUUUAUCAGGAGCAUUUAGAUGAAGAAAUAUGGCAAGUGGUUGCAACUAAUCGUGAAGAAUUAGUUAAUUUAAUAUCAAGGUUACGUGGAAAUGAAGUUGUAUUACCUUCAAACGAUAUUGGCGUCGUAGAUGAAGACACAAGUAGUAGUAACAGUUGUGCUGCACCUGUUGUUAAACCUCCGCCUCCUGAAGAACAGGAUGAUUCUCAAGAAGAAGAAACUGCGAGAAUUCCUAAUAUACGUAUAAAGAUAGGGAAUGGCAUAAACAAAAUUGAUGUUGAUAGUACAACUAAAGCCAAGGAUGAAGCUGUGCCGAAGAUUGAGAAUGAAACUAAAUCGCAUAAAGUAGAUAAAAUCAGUUUAAAAAAUAAUAUACCACCUGUUGAAGAAUCAGAGGAGGAUGCUGAUGAUGAUAAUGAUACUGCUAAUGAAAAUGAAGACGUUUUUGCUGAAGACGAUGAAGAGCAAAUUCGGCAGAGACAACAAAGAAUACCUAAAAUUUAUUUAAAACCAUCAAGUCUUAAAGUCAAGCAUGAAGAAAAUGUCAAAAAAGUAAAGCCUUUGCUGAUAUCUCAAUCGAAAAUAAUUAAUUCGCCGAAACCUGUAACUAUUUCGAAGAAGCGUUCUUUAGAUGAUUUAGAAUCACCAACAAAAACAGAAGAACAAACUGUGAAAAAAUUGCGUCCUUUGUUAUUGGAUUCUAAGCGUAUUAAAAAGCCAAGUAAAUACGAAAAGAUUAAAUUAGAAAACGAUGAAACUGAUGAGGAUGAUGCUGACGAAGAUGAAGGUGAAGAAGAUCAGGAUGACUACGAUGAUGAUGAAGAUGAGGACGAUGAUGAAGAUGACUGUGAAGAAGAAGAAGACAUAGACAGUGCUGCUGCAGAAGAAGAUGAAAAUGAGGAAAAAGACAUUGACGAUGAUGAAGAAGAUGACGAUGAUGAUGAUGGUGACUCUGAAGAUGACAUUGGUGAAGCAAUUGAAGAGCCACCUUUAAUUAUUCGUGGUGAAGGUAAUGGUCACGACUGUAAAGACGAAAAUAAUGUGAACAAUUUCUUUUGGAACUUUGAUGAAAUUGAGAACAAUAACGAUGAAGCGACUUACAGUGACAUAAUAGAAGAUCCUGUUUUUUAUGUUGUUGGAUAUGGAUCAGGUAAAACUUCUUUAGUUGGUAAUAAUAAAAUUGAUAAUAUUAAAAGUGAUGGCGAAAAAAUUAAAGAAAAUUCAUCACAAAUUCCUAAUGACGAGCCCAAAGCAACAUUUUUUUUUGGAGAACCUGGUUGUCUUAAAUUAAGUCCUAUAAAACAAAUUCCAAAGUCAUCAUUAUCGAAAGAAAGCAAAGAUGAGAAAAUUGAAAAUAAAGAGUUUAAAGAAAAAAAUAUUGAGACAAAACAUGAAUCGAUAUUGGAAAAAGAGGAAAGCAAUGAUGUAAUAGAUAACAUUCAAACAAGCAAAAUAAAGGAAGAAGUACCUUUGGAGGACAAUAAAGUUAAUUUAAAUAAUGAAGAAAAAUUAAAUGUCGUCGAUGUUGCAAAAAAUGUGCAAGAACAAAUAGAAGAUAAAAAAGCAGUAAAAGAAACUGAUAAUGAAGAAAAAGUAGAAAUAAAAAACGAAAUAAAUCUUGAAUCAGAAAAUAUUAAAACGAAUGGUGAAAAUAACAUAGAAGAAACGGAACAGUUGCCAGAUACUGAUAGAAGACCUGAAAUAGAAAUAAGUAAAGAAGAAUGUAACGACACAAUUAAGGAAAAUGAAAAUUUAGAGGAAGACGUAACAGUAAAGGAAGAAACUUCAUCAGACGAUAAAAAAGAAGAAGAAGAAAUUUUAGAAGAAAUUCAAACAGAUUCGUUAAAAGAGGCAAAUAUAAGUAAUGAGGUUUCAAAUAAUGAGAUAUUAAAGAAUGAAGAUGUCGAAAAAUCUGCAUUAUUGUCAGAACAAGAGGUAUCAAACGAUAAUAAUGUAAUUAAAAAUACUGAGAGCCUUCAAAUCAAAAAUGAAAUUGAAACUGUCAAAGAAGUACAAGGUGAACAAACUGUAAACGAAAUUGAAUCUGAGCCUGUUAACUCUGAAAAAGAAAUUUUGGGAAAUAAUGUACAAACAGACUUAAAUAAUGACAUACAAACACCUACUAGCGAAGCUUUAGACGUACCUAAUGAUGAUAUUGCAGAACAGCCAAAUGCGAACAAAAAUGAAUUGCAAAUAAAAGCAGUAGAAGAAAGUAUAGAUAAAACUGAAACAAUAGACGAUUCAAGUGAAAAACUAGAAGCUGUUUCUGAACGACAAGACAUAUGUGAAGUAAGUAUUCCUCCUAAAUUAAAUACUGAAAAUGCAGUACUUUCACCGAAACCCGUUGAAUUACUACAAUCAAGUGCUGAUAAUGAAAAUUCAAAUAUGUCUCCCAAAAAACUUGAAGAACCUACAACUAGUGAUAUAAAAAGUAAUAAUAUUGAUAACUCUAUUACAUCACAAUCAUUGAAUUCGGCAUCCACAAAAUCUCUAAGCCCAGCAACAUUGCCAAAUCGUAAGCGGCGUUUGGCUGAAUUUAUUUCAACACGAAAUACAAGACAAUCAAUUUCUGAGUGUGAGUUAGAAGGUAAUACCGAAAACCAGGUUGAAGAAGAUUUGGUUGAUGACUCAAACGAUUUAGAUGUUGGUGGUAAACGUUUAAAAAUGCGUCCUAAGUGCCUAAAUACUGAAUUGAGAAAAAUUAUUGAGGCAAAAAAAGUUGCAACAGAAGAAACGACUUCAUCCAGUGGUGAAGAAGAUAGCCGAAAAAAUAGAAAAAUUAUUUCGCCAAAGGCUCGUUCAGAAAAAUGUGCAAAAAGUCCCAAAUCUCCACCAGUGAAUGACAAAAAUGACAACAGCACAAUACUGGAUCAAAGCAACACAAAUAAAAUAGAACAAAAUAGUCCAAAUGUUGUAGAAGUUAAAACAGAGGAAACUGUUUCCACUGUCCCUAAUCCAAGUCCGCCGGUAACAGUAAACAAACAAAAGCCUACAUUGGCAGAAAUAAUUGAAAAGAAACUGAAGAAGGCACCUGAAGUACCAAAAAUGACAAACACUGAAACAUCUCCUUUAGCGUUAGAAAAAACACAAAAAACCUUUAACUCUCCACGAAAAUCUCCAAUAACAAAACCAUUAAAAAAGAAUUUAUUGACCCAGCUUAGACAAGAAGAAAGUGAUGAAGAAGCUAUACCUAGAAAACGUACAAUAAGUGAAACAAUAGCAUCGCCAGUAGCCGUAGAACCUACGAAAAUACUGGAAAAUGUUUCAGUUCAAGUUAAACAAGAAAUCGAGGAACACGAAAAAGAAAGUACAGUGCUUCAAAAAUCUUUAGAGCGCAAAACCCCGGAAAGGCAACGUAAGCGACGUAGCAGUGAAGAAAUUAAACAAAAAAAUAUACCUGAAACUAUAAAAGAUAAAUUAAUUUUGAAUGAAAAUGUUAAAAUCGAAGACUCAUCUAAAGAGGAUGAUGAAAAAAUAGAGCAACCAAAGAAACAAAAAAAUUUAGAAGAAGAUACAAGUAAUAUUUCUGAACCUAAAAAAGAGUUAAAAAAGAAAGUUACGCCUUCGCCGCCAGAGCCCGUCGCUAAUAGGCGUUCUAGCAGAAGAGGUGGUGCGGUAGUUGUAUAUACUGAACUCUCAUUGCCAAAACGUACUCGUGGAACAAACGUGGUUAUAAAAAAGGAAGAUAUAAAAAGUGAACCUAAAGAUAACAAGGCUGUCGUAGAUAAAGCUGUACCUAAAACUGAUAAUGCUGAUUCUAAUAAAAAGGCGGUUAAAAAGUUGGGCGGAAAAAUAAAUAAAAAAGAUGACCCGAUUUUAGUGAAAAAAGAAUUAGAAAUGGUCAGAUCCCUUGAAAUGAGGGAAGCUGUAGAACAACAAUCUGGACUAACUGAAUCAUUAGCAGGAGCUAAUAAAAGUUCAAUUAAUCGGGGUGUUCGUAAAAAGCGGGAAGUAGUAGAUACUACAAACAUAAUAGAAUCAACAGACGCGGAAACACCCGUACGCCAAUCUAGGCGUAUAGCACAACAAAAAAUAAAAGAAGAAGCGGAAAGACGCAAGCUUGAAGAAAUAGCUUUACGUACAAUGAAACAAGAGUUAAAAAAGAAAAAAAAGGCAGAGAAACAAGCUGAUUCAACUGUGGCGGAGCCAUCUGAACAGUCGUCUUCCGAAGAUGAGUGCUUAGUUGAAUUAAAAAAAAAAUCGAAAAAGAAAUGCCCAGGAAAAGACGGUUGGUCGUCUGGAUCAGAGGAACAAGAAGAACCCGAAGAAGAAGAUGAAGAGCCACCUCAUUAUGAAUCUGACCCUGGUUCACCACUUUUUAAAUCUGAUCAUGAGUUCUCUCCCGAAUCAGAUAUUGAAGAUGAGUCACAAGUUGUACCAAUGAAACGCGCACGUACAGCUCGUAAAGAAGAUGCAGACGACGGAGAUAAUAGAGAUGAAGAAGCGUGCCAAAAAUGUGGCAAAUCUGAUCAUCCAGAAUGGAUAUUAUUAUGUGAUAAUUGUGAUAAAGGUUACCAUUGCUCAUGUUUAUCGCCUGUUCUUUUUUAUAUUCCUGAAGGUGAUUGGUAUUGCCCACCUUGUCAGCAAGAACAGUUAAUUGUAGCGUUGGAAAUGCAACUUAAAAAUUUUGAUGAGAUGGUAGAGCGUAAAAAGUGGGAAGAAGAAGAAGAAAGACGCUUAGCUCAAGAAGCAGAACGAGCUGAACAAGAACGUUUAGAAUUAGAAAAAAGUCGCAAAAAAAGUAAAAGAAGUAAAUAUCAUGAUGGUGAGUCUUGUAGUAGUGACGAAGGUAAUGAUAAUGAGAAAAGUGAUAGAGAUAGAGAAAGUGAUGAAGAUAGUAAAAGUCUAAGUAGAGAAAACUCACAUAAAAAAGUGAAAAAUGAUAAUAUUGAUACAGCAAAACGCAGGCGUGGCGAUGGCCGUAGAAGGCGACGUGCUGCAGCUAGAGGAGCUAGGCGAACGCGUCGUCAGAGGCAUGGUUCUGAUAGUGCAUCAUAUAGUGAUUCCUUAUCUGAGAGCGGUUCAGAAAAUGAAUCAAGUUCAGAUUCGUUUUCUGACAGUGACAACGAACCAAUUUACAAAUUAAGAAAACGGCGCCAAAUAAAUGUAAGCUAUCGUCUGAAUGAGUUUGAUGAUCUCAUUAACUCAGCUUUAAAGAAAGAAAUGGACGAAGUUGCGGGUGCAGGUAAUUUGGGUCGUGGGAAAGAUAUAACUACGAUAAUAGAAGCUGAUAAAGAAGAAAAAGCGAGAUUAAAACAACUUGAAAAAUCGAAUCAACAAGCUUCUGAUAGAGAAAACUCUGAAAUGAAAGAAGAAAAGAAGUCAGAUGAAGAAGAAUCAUUAAAGCGAAAAGCGAGGCCAAAACUUUCUCUAAAGAAGAAGUCGAGGAAACUUACAACUUUAGAUAUUAGUUCAGAAGAAGAUAAUGCAUCUGAUGAAGAUUUUAAAACUUCGUCAUUUGAUGACGAAGAGGAAGAAGACACAUCUGUAUCUGUUUCUUCAAACAGCGAUUCAAGUUUGGAAAUGUAUAAGCGUCGAAAUAAGCACAGUAAAAAGAAACAACGGAAGGCUGCACGUCGAGCUGCACGUGAACGACGAAAGGUGCGUAAUUUCGUGGUUGAAGAUUCUGAUGAUGACGAAGAAGAAAAUCGUCCUAAAACAAAGAAAAAACGUAAAGAUGAUUCCGAUUAUACAGAAUCGGAAACUGCUGAUGAUUUAUCUGAGUUAACUGAAAAUCUUGACAGUGCUGACUUAUGUGACGAUACAACUAGUGAGGAUUCAGAUGGUGCAUGGCAUCCAUCAAAGCGUAAAAAGCAACGUAGAAAUACAACUGCAAUCGCACGAAAAUCACCAAAACUUAAGAAACAACCAAUUAAAAUUAAAAAACGUGUUGAAUAUUCUGACGAUGAUAUUACUGAAUCAGAGGAAGAAGAUGAUGAAGAUGAUGAUGAUGCUUGUGGGGGUAAAGGAUCUGGAAAGCAGCCUAGAUCACAGCCUCUUAAAACGAAUAAUUCGAACAAAGAAAGCAACAAGGGCAAGGGUAAAGGCAAGGGUAAAGGUACAACUAGCAAGAAAAAGAAAAAGCACGUUUCUGAUGAUGAGAGUUUAUCUGAUAGCGGCGAUAGUACACGUCGUACACGUGGUCGUCGAUAUGCAUACUUAGAAGAUUUUGAUGAUGACAGCUCAGAUGGUGGUAUAAAACCUGGCGUAAAGCGACCUGAUACUCCUCCAGAAGAACGUGAAAAGUUUAUUCAAAAACAAGAAGAAAUUAAACGAAUGUUGGCCGAGAAAAAUGCUGAGGGUGCCAAACUUGCUGCUACACCACGUUUAACACCUAUUAAAGCUGGAGAAGAAAAAGGCAAACGUUCUCCGGCUAAACCGAGUGACUCACUUUCGACAGUACCUUUAUCAGUUAUACGUCAGGCAAAAGUACUAGAUAUUGAUUAUUUACAGCGUAAAGGUGAAAAUAUUGGUGAUAAUGACAACGUUGCUGAAGUCGAACCUACUUUUGAUGAUGUCGAUUUGCCAGAUGACUUGCCUGAAGAUAUGGAUGAAGAAGAAAUCGCGAGAAUGGUAGACGAAGAAGAAGAUUUUGAUGGGGCGACCGUGCGGGAAUUACCACCAGCAGAUGAAGUUUUACGAACACCAACUAAAUCUAAAUCUAAAGAUACAGAAAAAUUGUUAGUUAAUCCUUCUUUAGCAGCACUAUCUCAAAUGCCAAGUGCGACUACGUCAGGAUUACAAGAACCGUUAAGAAAACGCUUACCCAUGCCCACAAUGCAUCCACCCUUAUUACGUCAUCAAACUUCACAUCAAGACUUGCCCAUGGGACAGAUAAUACAACGACAUUCUGCGCCCUCUACAUAUUUACUGCAAAAUGCUCUGAAUACUCCACUAGGGCAACCACUUAAUCGAAGUUUUGCACAACAACAAUUUCAGCAAAUACAUCAACAUCAAAUGCAACAACAACAACUACAUCAACAACAGAUUCAGCAACAACAAUUCAAUCAGCAGCAGCUACAACAGCAGCGUCAUCGUCAGCAACAUCAAGACCAACAAAUGCAAAACAGAAUAUUGCAUGCGCAAUUCCAACAGAUACAACAUCAACAGUUUAAACAACACUUACAGCAACAGCAGAUGAAACAACAGCAUGAAUCUGCACAUCAUUUGCCUCCAAUAGCACCAGGACAUACACCAACUCCUUCACAUAUGAUGCCAGCACGCCCACCACUACUACCGACUCAACAAAUAAGCAGUGUUACACCUACAACAGAAACCACUACUAAUUCAGCUACUGGAACCACUACAACAACUGCUUCUGGCACUGCUACCUUGACUACUUCUUCUGCUGCCGCUGUAGCUGUCACUGGAACCACUACUGGAACUACCCCUGGAACCACGAUUGGUACUACUCCUGGACCUACUUCUAGUACCACUCCUGGAACUGCUACUGGAACUAAUGAAAUACGUCCAAGAGGACGACGUAAGAAAAUUACACCGUUAAGAGAUCCAAUUCAGAAACAACAAGCAGCAGCAGCUGUAAGUGCAGCUAAUGCAGCUGCUCUAGCAGCAAAAGUAGCUAAAGCAAAAGAAAAAGCAUUAGAAGCGGCAUCGCAGUCAAAAGAUACCAAACCAGAUAUACAUUCCGUAGCAUCAGCACAGCAGCAUUAUAAACCUCCUGGCCCUGUUAUUGAAUCACAGUCUUCAGUUAUAACACGUAUGCCACAUAUUCCUCCGAUUCCACCUGGAAGAGUUGCUGCAGCUACAGCUGGAUUUUAUUCUAAUGUAGAUGUUGCUCGCUUUUAUGGACCUCCGCAACAAGGCAUACCAGGUGAGCGUCAAGUGAAUCCACCUCAACGUAUCCGACCACCACCUACAAUACCUGGAAUGCCAUCACAACAAGGUAUGCGUCCGACAUAUGGUCCACCUUUACGUGGUGCAAGUGUGCAACCAAAUCAUGGCCCAGCUUCAACUGCAGCUGCGGCGGCUGCUGCUGCUGCGGCGGCAGCAACAUCUGGAGUACGACUUCAAUAUACACCAUCUCAAGCUGAACGUCAUAGCACACCAAUGAAUAUAUAUGGUACUCCACCACCAGCACGACAUGCUUCUUCACAUUUAAAUCCUUACAGAGCACCAAUAUAUGGAAACCCAAACUUCAGUCCUAGAGCAGCUAAUAUACGCAGUGGAGCUCCACCAGGCCCAGAGUACACAGGUGGACCACGUGGUUAUCCGCCAUUCGGUUAUUACCCCAACCCGCCUCCAUUAACUACAGCGCCACAACAAACAAGUGCACCGCCUUCAACAGUACCACAUUCAGUUUCUGCUACAAGUUCAGUUAUUGUAACAGCCCCUCCAGCUGCAUCAACAGCAUCAACAGUAUCUGCUGUACCGCCACCAGUUCCUGCCUCUAAUUCGACACCUUCAUCAGAAAAAUCUCCAAUAUCUGUAACAACUAAUAACAAACCGACACCAGAAAUAGCCACAAAACCAAUAACAACUUUAAAACGGGAAGCUUCACCAGAGCCGCGAAAAAAAUUAAUAACUCUGGAAGCAUACUCAAAAGAAUCAGCAAAGUCACCACUUGGUAUUGGAGGUGAAUCAUCUGGUUCACGUAGCUCUCCAGGACUACAACCUGAUGGCGCUGAAGAUUCUUCAUCUACACCAGCCGCAACUAAUGCACCUGCUAGCGCAGACGCAAAUAAUGAAGGUCAAGAAAGUGAAUUUAGUGGUCUGGUGAGCUACUUUAGUUCCCAACAUGAUGAUUAUAACACAUAACAGACGCAAGCAACAAAAGAAAAGGCACUAUUCGUAUAAGUUAAAAAUUUGCAUACAUAUUUGCAUAUAAUAAGUAAUUUAUAAAAUAUGCAAUUGCAUUUCACACACGCGCUGCAUAAACUGUAAAUAUUAAUAUAUAUAUAAAUGCCUUGGUCUAAGGCACAAAGCACUACUGGAUCUAUUUAUAUAGUAGAGAGUGUAUCAUAGACGUAAAUACAAUAUGAAAACAAAACAAAAGCAAAAGCAAACGGUGCAGUAAGGUAAAAUCAAUAACAUGUUAAGAACAUCAGAAUUUAGUUCAUAGACAUAUUAAAAAGUAUUUUUAUUUUAACUAUAUGUUUGUGCAUAUAUA